AAACCUUACAUACUUACAACUUUCCUCACUUAUCAUUUGCCUUGUCCCCUUGCUUCUUCGUCCUCCUUGGAAUGCCCGUCUAAAGUUUCCCCAUCAGUUCCUUUUGUUUCCCUCUCCUUGUUUUACCCCCCCCUUUUUUUAAUUCACUUUGACCCACUUUUUUUUUUCAUUUUUUAAUGAGGGUUUUUCACUUAGUAAUGCCAGAUUACAUAUACCCCCCCUGCCUGGUUGUUUCUCUGUCGUCAUCUGUGCAUGCUUUUCUUCUCUAACAUUUAAUAUGUUUAUUCCCUGCAUUGUAUAUACUGUUCUUAUUAGCAGUAAUAUUAUGGUCCAUGAAAUGAGCAUGGAAAUGGAGCUUUUGUUAGAGGAAGACAUGGCACCUGGAGUUCUGUUUUCUUAGCUGUAAAGUUCCACUGUUGCCCGCACGCCCCCCAUUUAGCCUUUUGUCCCCUUCUUUCUUUGUUUUUAAGAAAUUUUAAAAUUUUUUAUGAAGAAUUAUGCCCAUUUGCUUUUCUUUUUAAAAUUUUGAUAUCUGGGUUAUUUUUUUAUAAGAUCCCAAUUCAAAGUUUGGGGGUCUUUCCCUUUCUCUCUCAGUCAUGGCACCUGCCAAGGUUUCUGGGUUUUAUAAACAUGGAGAUGACUGGGUUUUCAAUGCAGGAUUGCCAAAUGAUUUAACCGUUGUUGUAGAUGAUGUGAAGUUUCAUCUUCACAAGUUUCCUCUCAUGUCAAAAUGUGGGAAGAUCACGUCCAUCUUUGAAGAACUAAAGAGUACCGCCCAUGAUAAGACUUUUACCACAAAGCUUGAAGAAUUCCCUGGUGGCCCGGACACUUUCUUUUUUGCGGUAAAAUUCUGCUACGGCAUUCGGGUGGAAUUUACAGCAAGAAAUAUAAUGAAGGGGUACUGUGCUGCUGACUACCUCGAGAUGACGGAUGAGUUUGGUGAAGAUAAUUUACUUUCCAGGGCUGAAAACUUCUUCCACAAAAAUGUACUUCGAAACUGGAAGGACUCUAUAUUGACUUUACAAAGUUGCGAAUCUUUCAUGCCAAGGGUAGAAAAGCUCCACAUAUUGCAAAAAUGUUUAAAUGCUGUGUCUAUGAUGGUUUGUACAGAUCCUAGCUUGUUCGGUUGGCCCAUGAUGAUGUACGGUAGCCUCCAGAGCCCUGGUGGAAGUAUUCUAUGGAAUGGAAUAAACACUGGAGCGAGAAUACGAAGCGCAGAAUCUGACUGGUGGUUUGAAGACAUCUCGUAUUUCAGUGUAGAAUUAUUUGAAAGGCUUAUUAAAACAAUGGAAGCAAGGGGUAUAAGAUGUGAACUUCUAGCAGGUGCCAUAAUGUACUAUGCAAGAAAGUAUCUACCGGGCCUUGGCCGAUGGCAGAGUACACAGGGUAGCAAAGCCAGGACAGUCGCAAGUUUUAGUCUGACUCCUGCCUCUGUUGAUCAGAAGGUUUUAUUGGAAAGCAUCGAAAAGCUUCUCCCUAAAAAAAAGGGCAAGUCCUUCUGCCGUUUUUUACUCGGACUUCUUCGUGUUGCAUCAAUAUUAGGUGUUGGUCAAACAUGCCAGGACUCUUUGGAGAGGAGAAUCGGAAUGCAGCUGGAACUGGCUAGCCUAGAUGGUCUUUUGAUUCCUUCUUACUCGGAUUCCGAUACAUUAUACAAUACUGAUUGUGUUGAACGGAUCAUCCGUCAUUUUGUGUCCUCAGAAUCGGGUUUAACAUUAUUUUCACCACCAUCGUUAGACCUAGAACCAUCACCAUCAUCCGAGCCCUUAAGGAAAGUUGCCAGAUUAAUAGAUAGCUAUCUUGCAGAGGUUGCUUCUGAUGUAAAUUUGAAACCUGGAAAAAUAAGGUCUCUUGCAGAGGUCCUUCCCGAAUCUUCAAGACCUUUGCAUGAUGGGUUAUACAGAGCACUGGACAUUUAUUUCAAGGCACACCCUUGGCUUUCUGAUAGAGAGAAGGAAGAACUCUGCAAUAUCAUCGACUACCAGAAACUCUCUGUUGAUGCUUGUGCCCAUGCAUCCCAAAACGAAAGACUGCCGUUAAGAGUAAUUCUGCAAGUCUUGUUCUUCGAGCAGAUGCAUUUAAGAACGGCUUUAGCUGGCUGUCUCAAUGUGUUGGAAGCUGAAAGUGCUCCUACAGGCCAAGGGAUUGCCCCAACAGAGAUAGCCGGUAACGUGACUGCCACUAGUGAGAUGGCUGGCCAGAUUGUGCAAAGAGAUGGAUGGGUAACGGUUGUACGUGAAAAUCGAGUUCUGAAGGUGGAUAUGGAGAAGAUGAGGUCUAGAGUUGGAGAGCUUGAAGAGGAAAUCAGUAAAAUAAAGCAAGAAAUGAAAAGGGUGACAAAAUCAAACAGCUCAUUGAGUUCACCCCGCAUGGUUGCCCGGAAAUUCGGAUGCAAGCUCAGUGCAAAAUCCUCAGAUGCUCAAAUGGAUGUCGUCGGGAGCACGGGACCAACUCCUAGACCAUCAGUUGAGCAAGCUUGUUCUUCCCGUAAUUCCAGGCAUCGGAAAAGUUUCUCCUUGUUUUGAUAGUUGACAAGUCGAAACCAACAUCGACUAAAGCUCGAAACAGAAACAGUGUGUGGGUUAGUGCAAUUUCAAGUCAUUCCAAAGAAGAAACAAAGAAAAAGAAAGAUUGUUUUGUGUUGUAUAGGAAAUAUAGUUUUUGGAAAGCGUGAAAAGAAAGAAAGAAUGAUUCAUAUCACCUACAGUUUUGGUAUUACGCUUUGGAAAUUAUGAAAUCUUGAUCAUUCAUGAUUUGUGGGGGUUGAUUAGCGUUGCAAAUGGUGGCAUAUAUUUUCAUGAAUGGUCAAGAUUUCAUGUGUUGUAGGAUUGUAGGUGACAUGAAGCUUAUAAACAGGUCUUCUUGACAUAAAUUAAUAGGAUGGUUGAGGAAUACAUACUGAAACUGUGAGGCUGAGCCCUCCCUGGUGUGGGGGCUUAGAUGUUAAUAGAGUGUAUAGCCUAAUGUUUAGGGUUGGUGGCAUCAUAUAAGCAAAUAGGUCUCUUGUUUCUUUCAUGUUUUAGAGGAGUCAUAUUGUCCUUGUUUGUGCCUUCCUAUGGAUUUACACAUGUAAGUUCUGAGAAUCAGAUUGUAUUGAACGUUUACU